AUGCGGGGGAUCUACAGCCGAGACCGCUUCCCCACAACCAGAUCCCACCUCCCAUUAUUGCUUCAUACGCAGAUCGACCAGACCACCGGUCUUCCGGAAAAUUGGAUCGUCAAGUUCAGCAAAUCGAAGAGCCUCCCCUACUACUUCAACGUCAACACCUCCCAGUCGCAAUGGGAGCCUCCGCGCGAGACGAAUCAGGACAUUCUCAAGCGGUACAUGGCCGACAACUUCUCCACGUGCGGACCUUUGACGCCAUCAGACGGUAAGCAGCAGGGCAAGAUUCGAUGUGCUCAUCUACUGGUGAAGCAUAAUGAGAGUCGCAGACCAAGCUCCUGGAAAGAGGCGGAGAUCGUGAGAACCAAGGAGGAAGCAAAGACCAUGAUCCUUGAGUUCGAGGCGCGUAUCAGGGCCGGUGAGCUGAGUCUUGCCGACUUGGCUGCUAGCGAGAGCGACUGCAGCAGUGCUAGAAUGAGGGGCGAUCUCGGCUUCUUCGCGAAGGGAGAGAUGCAGAAGGAGUUCGAAGACGCUGCGUUCGCUCUACAGCCGGGUGAGAUGAGCCAUCUCGUGGAGACCGCUUCCGGCAUCCACUUGAUCGAGCGUCUGGAAUAGCUACGCCUACGAUAUAUGUGCGGGUGCGGAUCUACUAAAUGUGCGGGCGCGAUUUACGUGCGGGGUGCGAUAUACUUGUCGCCCAUCGUCAACUGAACCAUUCUUUCCGACCACUGCGCGAAUGUACCCGAGUUUUAGCAUCACUGCACCGGAUGGGCUUGUAUCAAAUGCUGUGGGUGGUGAACGGGUCCUUGGUGCGAGCGUUUUUGUUUAAUUUGUAAUACCUGCCUACACACCUACCGAGAGAACCGUCACGAAGACAGAACAACCUCAUCCAGUCGUCACAUCGCUGGUUCGUGUUCUAAGCUCUGUCUGUCAAGCGGUGUUUGCCCACAUGUCCAUGUGGUUUGCUCUCAAUGACCAUGACCAGUACUGUCGUCAAUAUAAAGAUGAUACGAGUGCUGUUCCAUGACCAGACACUGAUCCCAACUCUCAUCC